AUGGCUGCGCCAGACCCAGGCUUGGUCGCACAGUGGACUGCCGACCAGCUCCGCCAAGCUGCCCUCGCUUGCUUCGACGACGACGACGACCUGCCCUUUGCGGCCGCGCGUGCGUCGACUACGACCUUGCUACCUCGUGCGCACCCGCUCGCGCCGACCGUCCACCGCGAGGACGUCGACAGGCUCGACGUUGCCGGGCUCGACACGGUGGCCGGCGUCGACAUCUCGUUCCGCGACCGCAGCGGCGACGAGGGCGUCGCUGUGCUCGCCGUUCUCUCCUUCCCUGAGCUCAAGCUCGUCGCUUCCUUCUCUCGCACCGUCUCGCUCGCCUCGACGCCCUACGUCCACUCGUACCUGUCGUUCCGCGAGGCGCACUUCUUUGUCGACCUCGUCGACGAGUUGCGCCGAACCCGGCCGGACGUACCGGUCCCGCAAGUGCUCUUCGUCGACGGCAACGGGCGGUGGCACCCUCGGCAAGCGGGCAGCGCGGUCGCGGUCGGCGUCGAGACGGGCUUGCCAACGGUCGGCAUAGCCAAGGAGUUCCACCCGCUUCACUCGCCGUCCCUUGACUCGACGUCCUCCUCUCAUUCCUCUCCUAACGACCCGCCGCCCUUCCCGACCGACUAUCUCACCUCUCAGCGUGGCAUGCGUGCGGCGUGCCAGGCUCUCCUUCAGCAACGCGGCGACUGGCUCGGCCUCGCGCCGCCUUCCUCGACCGAGCACUGGGGGGCCGCCCUCCUCUCGUCGCCGUCGCGCAACGCCCAGAACCCGAUCUUCGUCUCGCCCGGCCACCGCCUCUCGCUCGAGACGUCCGUGCGGCUCGCGCUCGCGUGCACCCGCGAGGGCAAGAUCCCCGAGCCAGUGCGCGUCGCCGACAGACUCGGACGCGAGGAGGCGCGCAAGCUGUGGCCCAGAGGGUGA